AAACCCUAAUUUUAAGAACUUUCUUUCCCGACGAUCAUGCGCAUCCCAAAUGAUCUCUACACCACUGUCGUCCGCCACCUAGGCACCACCACUGCCGCAGCCGCACCUGCUAGGCUUCCAACUUCCCUAUACAAGAUACCUUCCAAGUACAAGCCUCUAGCCAUUAAAGAAGCUCAGCAAAUCCUCGCCGAAUACCUCCACUCCACCAGGUCCAUCCCUUACACAUACGCCGAGUAUAUCGCUCAAAACUCUCUCUCUUCUAUCAACUCUCUGAUUUCCAACGCAAAUCUCCCUCGCUUCUCCACCCACACAUUCUCCAAGUCCCUCGUGAAACAUUUCCGGUACCACCCCAUCAACGAGUUCGAGUUCUUCUUUGAGAGCAUCGGCAUUGACCACGGCCAGGUACGCCAUUUCUUGCCUGCCAACAAGUUCUUCUUCUGCGAAGAUAGGAUCAUUCUUGAUGCGGCCCAGACUCUGGCCGGGUUUGGGUUUCCUUGGACCAAGUUGGGAAGCUUGUACAAAGAGGAAGUUUCGAUUUUCAGGAAGGAUUCGAGGGAAUUGUCGGAGAGGCUUUGUGGGUUUAAGAGGGAAUAUGGUUUUACUAAUGUGACUAUCACUGGGAUUUGCUUGGCUUUUCCUUACGUAUUGAGUGCUGAUGGUGAGUUGAAUGGCGAGAUUGGUAGGUUAUUCGAUGAUUUGACGAUGGUUUUUGUACAUUUUGAUUUGGAGAGUUGUGUUGAGGGAAAAGUGGAUGCUUGGUUAGACAUUUGCAGGAAAAUAAAGGUAUUUUAUGAUUUGGGUUGUGAGAAGGGGAAGAUGGGUGAGCUUAUGGGCAGGAAUAAGAGUCUAUUUGUUGAUUACUCAGAAGAGACUUUACUUAAUAAGGCCGAGUAUUUUUGUCGGUUUGGUGUUACGAAAAAAGAUGUUGGCUUGUUGCUUCUCGAGAGAACAGAACUUUUGGAUUUCGAUCUGGAGGAACAGGUGAUUUCUGUCCUAGGUUUUUUAAAACAUUUAGGUUUGAGUGCUGAAGAAUUGGAAAUUGUUACUGAAAAGUACCCUUAUGUAUUGGGCAGAAAUAAGAUGGUUAAUUUGCCUCAUGUGAUGAGAGCUAUGAAUCUACAUAACUGGUUCUUCAAUAAAAUCAGAAAUGGAAGUCAUUUACUGCUUGGAAAUUAUGUUUUAGGCUACCCUGAUGAAGACAAGGAUAAAGAAUAUAUAGAUACCUUGGAGAGGAUACAUUAUUCAAGAUAUGCCAUUCAUACUAUGCAUAAGUUGAAUGUCUUGCAUGGAAUUGGGUUUGGAGAGAACUGGUUGACUGUGAAGGUAUUAGCUCACAUGCAUGGCACUAGUAGUGAAUUACAGGAAAGGGUUGAUUGCCUUAUUCAUAGUGGUAUUGUAUUCUCAAAACUCUGUAUGAUGAUAAAAACAACGCCAAAGAUUCUGAACCAAAAACCUGAAAUUCUAGAAAGAAAAAUAAUAUUUCUCUGCCAGGAGAUGGGAUCCUCUUUGGAGUACCUUGAUACAUUUCCUGCAUUUUUGAAUUUUAACUUGGAGAAUCGGAUAAAGCCCAGAUAUAGAUUCCAUCUCUGGCUUAUGGAAAAGGGUUUAUGUACUAAGAACUACUCGAUUGCGAGCAUGGUUGCGACCAGUGAAAAGAGUUUCAUGGACCGGGUUUAUCGAAUUCACCCAGCUGCUCUAAAACAGUGGCUUGAGCGUUUCUCGUGUUAAAUCUCAUCCAAAGUUGCCAAGACACAUAAUGUUAUGAUUCUCUUACCACCAUUUUGUCAACAUAAAAUGUAAAGGAAUACAAUGACUUAGUUGAUACUACUUCUUGGCCAAGUGCCUUUUAUGUUGGAGUGUAGUUUAGCAAUUUCAAUGGGAUAAAUACAGGGUUUCUAUUGAAAGUGUCA